AUGACUCAGAAAUCCAUUCAACAAACUCAGCUGUCAGUGGAAAAUGUUUGUCAGUUGAUCCAAAACAAAGUUGAAUCUGACUUAAAAUACACAUCACAAGUGAGUAGAACAUAAAUAUUUACUGUUUUAGAAAGCUCACUGAAAACAAGUGAGUGAACAUUUUGAUCAACCUUAGAUGAUUUUCAUGUUAUUUUCCUAUUCAGGGAUAAUUUCUAUAGAAUGUUACUGUUGGGUUUUCUUUGUUUGGGUAAAUCUUAUGAUAUGAGAUAUCUGUGCAUAAAUGAAACUGUCAUGAUAAAGAGUGCCAUUUAGCUAAUAAUCUACAUGAGAGGAAUUUAGGGAGUUUUAAGCUAUCCUUAGCUGUCUCCCUUGACUUAAGCAUCUGCUGUAUUAAAGAGUGCACGAUGUCAGGACAUACGUGUAUAUAUUGUUUUCGUUUUUAACUUUAAUGAUGGAACUAAUUGUUUCAAGUUACCUGUAGUUUUUGUUUCACUUGUUUAAUACGUGAUUAUUCUCUUCUCAAAGCUUUCGGAAGAGGAGAUGCUUACUUUGAAGAUCACACUUUUAAGAGAAGAGUUACAGUAUGUUGCCCAGUAUCCGGACACUUCAGUUUAAGAUUGCAAUAACUUUCCUUUGUUAAUCGCAAGAGCUCUGAAAUUUGGCCCAGAGAAAAUCUAUUUAGUCCUUAAUAUGACGAAAGACAGUUUAACUUUUUUGCCUUUGUUUCCAUCACGAAAUUAAUAUUUUUGCAGAGCUCCUAUGUUGCCCAGUAUCCGGACAGCUGGCUCAGUAUCCGAACAUAACAGUAACAACGUAAUUGCACAUAAAUUUCGACAGGCAAGCGACUUAUAAGCUUCUCUUGCACUUGCAAAGUAGUCUGGCAAUCGAUUCCAAAAAUAUAACCUAGCAUCCUGAAAUAAAACAUAACAAACGACUGGGGUAUGGUGGGGAACGCGAGCGGCUGUUUUGAAAAUGGUAUAAUUCUUACUUCCUUGUCUAGGAACUUUUUCACUGAUUUAAGGCAGGCAUCCGUGGACAUACCGAAGCCGCAGUUUGCAAGCUCAAUUAGCCAAUCUGCAAACGACUUUCUUUCUUCAUUUUUUAUUUUAAAAAAAGCUUGGGGAAGGGACCUCAACCGGACGGUCAAAGGUCACUCUUCUAUUUAGUCUGACCUGCAGUGUUGAUUUCUUCAUGCUCAGUCCGGUUGUCAGUCCCCACAAUAAGCCUGCUUUUCUAGCACUAAUUCCUCCUUCUUUCACAUCUCUCAAUCCAUUUGUGACAUUUUUCAGACCGUUGCAGCCCUAUUCUAGCAGUCACAACCGAGGAAAGUAUGAGAAUUCCAGGUUCAACAGGUUCAACUCAGACGCUUUCAGUUAUAUAUAGAAAAUGCAGUCACGCGAAACAAGCCGUGCACACGAAAUCGAGUCGCCUCUGAAUGAGUAAAGAAAAUUUCCAUACGGAGUUGAGUAGAAUUACAUUUUACGACUAUAUCAUAUAUCCUAAACUUUAAUUAUAGUCACUGAUAUGAAAUAAACCUUAUCCGGAUAAUGUACACACCUAAUUCAUCGAUUCUGUACAGCAAAGAAAAAACUGUCCGGAUACUGGGCACAUGACAUCAAAACUUAGUGAAUGUUUCUGGCCUCCGUUAUUCCAAACAAAUAGAAUUUCAAGAAGAAUUAAUAAACUUUCUGAAAACCUGACUUCCUUAAGCAUCUUCACUUUAAAAAUAAAACAGUUUCUUUCAAAACAUCACACAUUACCCUCCCUUUUCUGAGCAGCACUAAUUUUACUGCGCAGUCAACAGCGUAAAUAUUGGCCAUGAAAAGUUUACCCACCUGAACAGAACGGCGCCUUCUGCGACUGUUUCGCAAGCUUUCAAAUCGCCAAAACUUUCAUCGUAAAGCUGAAAUGUUCAGCUUUCAUUCGAAAUACUUCGUUUACCGAGAACUGAAAAGGGCCCCUCAAAAAUUGAGUUUUUGUUUCAAGUGUCCGGAUACUGGUACCGUCCGGAUACUGGGCAACAUACUGUACUGUCAAAGCAUAAACAAUUGCUGAAAGGUAUAACAUAAUUAUUUAUUCAUAAUUGAAGGAGAUAUUAGGGAGCUAUCAUAUGCGAAAAAAGUCACGUUAUUAGUUGAGCUUUUCCUUACUCCCACUCACCCUUCUUUUUCCUGUAAUUGUAUCACCGGAAUUUUUGUUUUUUGAUCAUUUCAUUGUUAUCAUUGCUAUUGUAUAGUACAUCAGGGGCAUAGCCAGUCCAUAGACCUGUAGGCCCGGGCCUACAAAUUUCUGGUUUGAUCACUCCAUCGCUUGUAAUAAAUUAUGCAUUGCUGGAGUGAGCUAAAAAGGUUAAGAGCUCAAAGUGUUGGUGAGGUCAGUGCGUACUAGUCGCGUGCCAUUUUCAGGAUAUGUGGAAAUUGAAGGCACCCAGGCCUACAGCUGGUUGAAAAGCUGGCUAUGUCCCUUAGUGCCUUUUCGUGGUUCUUAGUGAUGGGAAUUUAGGGGCUUUAGCGGCAGCGCAGUAAUGACAAUUGUAAGCUACAUGCAUGGGUGGUUCCAUUGGGAAACUGUGUGGUUUUGCCAGUCUCCAAAUACGGUAGGACACUCACUUGUGCAGACCAAGGAGGUUAAGCAAAAAACGAAAAGCCAAGAUAUAUUCCAAUUGAGCAUUAGAUAUUUAAUUAUAGAGGGUGUAUAGUGUCAUUAAACAGACUGAAGGAAUGUGUUUGUUGGUGUAGAUACAGUCACAUGUAUUAUUGUAUGUAAGUAACGGUUAAAUUCAUGCAAUGUUAUUAUUAGAGAGAGAAGAGGAAAAGAAUUUCUUGGAGAAGCUCAGAGAGCAUGGUAAGUGCAUUUCAACAUACAAAGAUAAAAUUUAGUGAAAUUGGUCUUGAAGUUUCUCUGGGAUUUGUACUGUUUCAACUUUUCAUUUAUUCAUGAGUUACAGGAGUGUACCUUUGUCACUUUUCAUCAGCUUACAAUAUAAUACUACGUGGAAACAAGAAGUAAUUAAAUCCUGCUAAUUAAAUCCCGGAGUUUAUGUUAAUCUACAUGAAGCAGAAAAGGGAAAUGAAAAAAGUUAAGAUUUAUGCAAUUGUAAAUAAAGAGAACACAAAUCAAGCCUUCUUCUCUAGAAAUUAAUACUUAAAGACAAAAAUAACACAACACCUUAAGGUGUUAUUUGAAUUAUGAGGAUUAUAAUUUAUCCACCAAAUAAUUUAUAAUUUAGAAACACAUUGUUCAACUAGAGAGUACUACACAUACAUGUAAGCUUUCAUUUGGCACUUAUGUCCAGGUUUGCACGCAGCUGCAAAAUUGCGAUUUUUUUGUGUGUUUGCGAAACAUAUAUGGGAAAGUAUACAUGUAGGUGUAGGUGUACUACCCAGCAGCAUCCAUUUGAAUGGUCACAUUUAGUAUUAUUUUAUUUUCUAUGUAGCGAGAACCAACCUGUACAGUAAACAGUACCACAGGAACAAAUUGGUCAUAAUUUAGUUCAUGCCACUACCUGUAUGUUUAUUUCACGGUGUAUGGUUGUAUUUUCUUAGUACUAAACCUUGAAAGGAACAAGGAGCAGUUGGAAUUAUGGAAGUCUUCUCUAAGAGAACACGAACAAGCUCACAUAGGAAAGAGGUGAGUUCUUUAGCUUAGAGGGCAUUUUCAACAUUUUGCUGUCAUACUAUACAUUAUCCCUUUUUCACAUAUAGUGCAGUAAUAUAAUAGAGCGCAGAGACGAGCUUGCAUUACUAUAGAAAAUGGAAACCUAUCAAUGCUCAAUGCAAGUUUGGUGGUCACGUGAUCGUCUGUAGGUCCUCAUCCACCCCUACUUCUAAGCUGGGGUGAAAUUUCGCAUUCAAACAACCGCGCGUUUGGGCGGUAGAAAAAAAAAAAAACAAGAAAGUCGAGUAACGUGACGUACUGAAGGUGUGGUCCUGAGGAUAUCUGCCAUAGUGAGAUUUGACUGUGCAGCGCUGUGGACCAAUUCACAGAUGCAAGUUUUGUCAUCUGUCGCAUACUAUUCACAAAGUUUGCUUUAUUUUGAAGGGAAUCACUGGUGAAGUUAACCGCUCAGCUUGGCAUGAGGCGUCGGCAGCUUAUCUCUGAACUAAUGAGUAUUUACCCAAUUGUUGAGGUAAGAUGUAAUUACUAACAAUGGGCAUAAAGUGCAAAAAUUAACGCACCGUCGUGUUUUCUUUGUACCUGACUAAUUAUUUUCAGUAUGUUUGAACAUUUGUCACAUGUCAAUAAAGAGAGCUCUCUGCUACAAUAUUCCCUGCUGAACUUAUCGAUGUUUGUCAAAUUACUUUCUUGAUCAGUUAAAAGGUACCAAAGAAAAGCUUAUUUGUGGAGUGCGGCUUCCCAACAGUGAGUCUGAUGAAUUUACAGGUAAGAUGUUUUUAUUAGGAUUAUGCCCAUGUUUUACUGGAAUUAACAUGUUCGGAUUUGCUGUUUAAAAGGCUAAAAUGAAAUUGAAUUGAACUAAAACCGCGAAUUUAAAAUGUGCAUUGAAAGGUUAAGUAGUAUGUCUUAGUGAAUAACUGGUUGGAUGGAAGGAGGGAAGGAGGGGGGCUUCAACAAAUUUAAGAAAUGGUAAACGUGCAGCGUGCAACCAUCGAGUUACGGGAUGCACGCGGGAGGUUGCUAAGCACGAAAGAAGCGUAAGGGAUGCUAGAGGCGUACCCGAGAGCAGCACUAGCUUCUUGAAUGCUUUGCAAACCCCUCAAGUGUUGUCAUAAAUGCGUUAUCUCCAUCAGUGUUUUAACUAGCUAGAACCUUGUUUAAGAAUGCAUCUAGCCUUCAUCUACCUAUCCAUCAGUCCAUUUUAAAGUCAUUUAUCCCUCCGUUUUCAAAUCUCCUAAGGAGGAAAACAGUACAGCCGUAUCUAACAGAUUUUUUAGUUCCACCAAACAAAGUUUUGGGACCUCUGGUGUCUGUCCAGCGUUAUUCCUCUUUUUCAAGGACCGGAAAGGGUUGCCAAGCGAAAUCGUAAGCGCUAAGUCCGCUUGAUCGAUUCGAAAAAGUCUUAUUUGAGUAUUUUAGUCCGUUACAGGACUUGUGUCUUUUGAAUAAAUGUUGAAUCAGAAUAGCAAUAGCACGGGAUAAAGCAGUUGUAUAGCUUGACUGCAUGCAAUUUUACCCACCCUAGAAAUAACAGGUACUAAUUCUUAACAGAAACUGAACGUUUAUCUUGUCAAUCAGGUGAAAACAUCUUUCACAUGGUUACUGGUUAACGGACAGUUCCCGUAGUGCAAAAAUGUCUUUGUUUUUUAAACCAGUCCAACGCUCCAGGACAGACAGCUCUUUCCAUUAGCUGCUAGGUCAUACAAGUUGUAUAUUUUUUUUUCUUUUCUAGCUAUGGAUGAUGAAACUCUUGCAGUUGCUUUGGGUUACACGUGUCAUGUGGUCAGCAUGAUUGCUAGAUUCCUGCAACUGCCUCUGAGAUAUCCAGUGAACUCUCAUGGCUCUAGGUCUACCAUUGUAGAUUUGACAAGUGAAAAGGUUCCAGAAAAGGACAGAAAGUAAAUACUGGCCAUACUAAGAGUGGUUUUUUGACUAAAAUUAAUUCUUGGAUCGAAUUUGAGGAAAUUGGCGUGAAUUAGGCUAUGUUUGCACCAUACCGGAAAACAUUUUUUGCCGACAUGGAAAGCUGUUCUGUACAGUAUGAACUGCAACAAUCCUCAACUGGAGCAAGUCGUAUACACUCCUCGAACAUCGUGCCGCCGGAACGAUUGGCCGAGACGUUCUGGUAAACUAAAUCCUAAUUCUCACAUAUCUGAAUAUUUUCUUCCAUCUCAGUGGGUUCCAGUCGACACUCCUACUCAUUUACUUCCGCUACGGUCCGAAUACUUGUACACACUCCAACGAAGAGUGGCAGUAAGCCAUCCGGUAUGUGACGUUUCACUUUCGAGAUCGGCACGGCGCAGCUUCGCUCCGUUACAAAAAUCACACCAAGAUGUAUGGUUUUCAUGUCAGCACAAGAGCUGUAGUGUCAACAUCGCUUAAAUGGCGAGCUCUCUUUUAAAUAUGUCGCUGAGUUAAUUUAGCGCAUCUGAAUACAAUAUGUUUCAUACUGCUGUAACUCUAGGUUGCAAGCGAAUUGUUGUUUUGUUAUUAGUGCUGAUGAUAAAUACAUAAAACACUUCUUUUGUUAUACCUUUUUCAGAUUUCCAUUACAUAACAGAGGCAAAGAACUAGCCAAGUUUUUCUAUGGAAUAUUUCUUUUGAACAAGAACAUAGCUCAGGUAGAAUCUCAGUUACCGUUAGGCGGGCGGGCAUAUGAGUAGCCUGCGUAGCAAGCGUUUCCGUUUGGUUUCGGAACAAAGAAAUACCGAGGAAGGGGGCUUUCGGUAUUGACCGCGCGAGAAAUGAAACGAGAGCCACUUUUCUCGCGGUCUUUGACUCUCGUUCCUCGUUCUUUUCUCUUAAACCGUACAGAAACGCUUGCUACGCGGGCUGGCAUAUGAGCGUUGUUUUCCCCUUUUUUCAGAGCUUAAACUUAUUUGUGCUUUUUUUCGCCAUAGCCUUAAAACGCUGUUCAUUGAGAUGUGUAAAUUUGUCAAACUCUCUAAAGUCGGUCACUUCCCUCCAAUUCAGAUCGUUAUUGUCACAUUGUUUAGUAGCGGAGCUUCCAUGAAAUUGAAAUUCUGUCUAGUAUUCGAUUUUCACUAAUUUUCUUUUAAAGCCGAUUGAUAGGUCAUUUGUUUUCCUUAUUCGGGUGGCGGUGACUGAUUCCUGAAAUGAUCAACGCAGUUAGCGGUCAAUUCUUCCCUUAUUUUUCGGAAUUUUGUUUGACAAACUUCAUAUCUCUUCAAGACUAAAUAACUUAAACUUCCAACUUAUUAGCACUGGUGCUUAUGGCUUGUUUUCACUGUCACGCCGUCACAAAUUAAAAUCGAAACCAUUCCAUGGAUAAAGUAUUUUUAGAAUCUGGGAUAUUAGAGGAAAUAAGUGUGCAAACAGUUUCGCCAAGAUUCUGCAGGUCUCUGCGAGUUUUUAUGUGUCAAGUAUUCGAGGAAAUGUUUUACCCAAAUCUGUAGAACGUUGUAUGGAGACGCCAUAUUGGUGUCUUUUUGAGGGGCAUGGGGGCGGCGCAAACUGGCGAGAAAUCUGUCAGGGUUUUGCCUAAACACUAAAAGAGUGCUUAUUCAAAGACACGAUCUGGGGCCCGUUUCUUGAAAGGCCCAAUAACUUUUCGGGCCCGAAGGCAAAUUUUAAAAUCAAAACCUGUUGAAUAAAUGCACAGUCCCUACCUCACAAACCGGUCAAUUUUGCUUUGUUAACUGAUAGUUACAUUGUAUCAUUUUCAAAAUUAUUGAAACUUUGGUCUUGAAUGCUAACACUGCAAACAGCCAAAGCUCACUCUAUCACAAAACGAAGAACGCUUUCGAACUGAAAAUUUGUUAAAAUAUUAAUGAUUUGCUGCUCUAACACCUCGUAAAAGUAAAAACUCGGAAGAAUUGAUUAUUCCUUGAUUUGAAUUUUGUUGACGUCACUUAAAACCAGCAACGUAUUGUAAAAGGAAAAAUGUGUUCUUGUGCUAACGAGCUGAGGUAAAAAGCAAGCUUAACGUCACGUAAAUUCGCAAUUUUUUCCCAAUGGUUUAGCGUUUAUUGUUACAAGUAAAUGGUCAGUCUUAUGUGGGAGUUCAGCUUUUAGGGUUUAAUAGCUAAAUUUAUGUAUUAAAAUUGAAAGAAUUAUUUAGUGCCAUUGUUAUAGAAUAUUGCUUCGCAGCGAAACAUUUAUUUUUUAUAUAUAUAUCCGUUGCCAAGCUAAUAUUCUCGUGGUCGAACAGAGCAACGUAUCGUCGAGCAGGAAGGUCUCUUUUUGAUAGUGGUGAAUUGAAACUGAUAAUUUCUUGGAACGAACAUGAAAUGAUCUGUUUUCAGGCCAAGUAACCGUGAAGCCUCAAGAUUUUUUGCUUGUACUGACCAGUGUCUCUGUAGAAACCCGCUGUCUUUUUUCGAAUAUUUACUACGGUCUGUAUUUUGAAAUUUAGAUCCGUCAGGUUAACGGGCUUGGGACGCCGAACUUACGUAACACUCUGCCUAACCUAAAAGACUUGCUGGAUACGAAAUUUCGAACAAGGUAUGUGUCAAGACUCGCCAAGACAUUAAGUGUCCUGUCCAAGAUUUUGUUUGGCAAGCCAGCUUAAUGCUUAAUUGUAAAAAACGUAUAACAGCUACAUGUAUGAUAGUUUUAUUUCUUUGGUAGCGUAAGCACUGUACUUUAAAUGUUUAUUUGAAACAGUUACGAAAGAAAAGACUGGCAUGUUUCGGAACUCUCGUUGAUACCAACUAAAAUAAUAAAGAAACAGAAACAGUCUUUUUUUUGGUCCGUCUCAAGCCUAAUGUUAAUUACGGUUGAACUGCCGUUGAGUGUGGUCUGUGCUCAAUAAUUAGUUUCCUGUUCAUGUAUAUUUUGCUUAGACAUACUAAACCUGUUCCUGUACAUUCAAAACCCGCUACUAUUUGUAAUUUCUUUCUCUCUCUUUUUUUAGUGAUUUGGUUAAAUCUGCUCCACUCACAAUAAUAAGAAAGUCUCCAUUAAAACCCCACAAGAACCGAUCGUCGACUUCAGAGGAUUCCUCCCCUCGGUCAAGGCCUCCUUCGUUUGAUAACGUCAUGCUUCAGUCUAUGGACGCUACUACAUCUGAACCCAAACCUGGUUUACUGGAUUUAUCGGUAAAUCCUGAACCAGCAGCAAAUCCUGAUACAACAGAUGCACCAGUAAGAUCUGCUGACCACGAUAUACCGACAAAUCCUGCCUUACCGGAUAAACCAGGAAAACCUGCUCUACCAGAUAAACCAGCAAAACUUGUUUUACUUGAUAGACCAGCAAAACCCCCUAUACCGGAAAAACCGGCAAGACUAUCUUCACAUGACCAACUGGUGAAGCCUACUUUACCGUUAAAACCAGCAAAAACUGCUUUUCCUGUUCAACAUGAAAAAUGUGGUGUAGCGGUUCCUCUUAGUGCAGAUCAAGUUCAUCAAACGCAGACUGCAGAUAAGUCUCCAAUGGCAACAGAAAAUUCUAUUGCAAUAGGCCAGAACAGGUCGAAUGGUUUAUUGGAGGGGAAUGUGGCGGAUGAUAGGCAAGGAGCUGUUACUGAGGAGAGUGCCCUGUUCAUACCCUCACAAGGAACAAGCAGAUUUUUGGGUCAGCAGCGGAUGAAAAGAUCACUAAAGCAUCAGAGAAAUACAGUAACGACUGGUAAACCUUACAGGACGUUUUCACUUAAGGCGCGCAGAAGCAACACUCAGUCGCAGAAACAAAAGUUGGUUAGAACUGGAAGUGCUGAUAGCACGAAUACGGGGAAAGAAGCUUCUACUAAUUUUGCAGGAAAUACUGUUAAUAACUUUAUACGGUUUGAAGGAAGGCCAUCCUAUCCUAAUCAGUCAGAAAGUGGUGACAAUGGCAGUAUGAGGCAAGGUUAGUUAGAUAUACAACUUUCGACUUAACACCUAUUAAACACAUAACUACUCUAUCAGUGAGUUACAAAAUAGAACCAUUGUUAAACUGACCGCACAAGCAAUGUGACCAUGAGCUACUACAGCUUUAUGCGGGAAGGGAAAUUUUUCCUUUACAUCUAUAGUUAACUUCCUUUGAUAUAGUCAAAACUUCACUGUUAACUAUUUUUGGAGACGCGUUUUGCACUUGUUUACAAAGGGUAGCGCGCCAUGCGAAGGCAGCCGAGUUGGUGUCUCUUCAUAUAAACCUGAGCAAAUAGUAUGUCUGGUUCUGGUUGUUUGACCGAGAUCUCUCCACAACGCUAUUGCGUGCGUUGACUUCAUAUGCAGAGACAUUAGGUCUGCCCUUUGAACUUGGAUUGUUGUUUGUUUAACGAAGAUUUCAGUCACACCACCUGGAAAUUUUCCUUAUGUACCCUUCAGUCCGAAUACGAAAGCGACACGUUUCCAACUACAACCCCAACUACGCCUUCCACUCCGUUGAGAGAAAGCCAGUUCAGCGUCAUUAGGGUCUGUUAUAAGUUUAAGGAAAAAAAGACUUUUUGACAGAGAGUAAGAAACGUGAAAUCGAUGACAGCAGCGUUGAAAGCAUUCUCUUCUAAGAAUUUCAUCCUGAUUACCCGGGAUCAUAUCAAUAGGUCCUUAGCUGAUGAUGUAACCUACCCUCAUAUCCCUAAUUUUGAACCAGUCACUAGAUCACUUUUAUUCUAAUUUCAGAUGACACGUGUACCUCGAAUGGUGACCAGCGUUUGGUAGAUAAAGGGGGUAACAGAAAUCGCGAUCUUCCAACCCAUUCUAAUGUGUCAGACCUGAAACAGACUCGCAGUGACGGAAUCCGUUCAAAAAGCCUCUUUGACGUGGAGGGUUCCAUUAACUUUGAUUUCUGUGAAAAUGGUGAAAUAGAUUUAAGAUAA